AUGAGCAAUCAACAGUCCAGCAGCUUCUAUUCAGAACCGCAGCAACCUCAAACACAGUCUUCGAGUACGAGCGGAGACUCUGCGUUGUCUACUCCGUCCUCAACAUCCUCAUCCACUCAGCACCGUGCCAGCGUUCAAUUUGCACACCUGAGCUCCGAACACAAAGACACCAUGGACGACAAGCCAGCAAACCAAGAUUCCGCGCCUUCAGACAGGCAGGAACGCGAAGAGCCUACGGCUACCACCGAGACGAAGCCUAAAUCUAGCGACGCGAAGCUAACGUGCAAGAAGAAGGGCAAAUGCAAGAAGCACGACCAUGAUGAAGAUGGGCAGGCGAAGAAGAGCAAGAAGAAGUCCAAGAGCGACAAGUCUGUGGCUUCUGAUUCGAGUGACGACAGUUCAGAGGACUCUUCGGACUCAGACUCAAGCUCAGAGGAGGAGACGCCCAAGAAGCGUCGGUCAACGUCAGCCAACAAGGGCAAAGGCAAGAAAGGUCGCAGGAAGAGCAAGAAGAUCGUCGAGGACAGUGACACCGAGAGCGAGAUUGAAUAUGAAGAGGAGGAGGACGUAGAGUCAGCGGAGGACGAGCUUGAUCCGCUAUCUGGAGGGGCGUCGGACUCGGCUCUGAAGGUGUCAUUGCUGGAGCAGCAGCUGGCUGCGCUGAAGCGCCAGAUGCUUGGUGGAGGCAAGCAGAAAGCUAAGAAGGCCAAGGCAAAGACACCUAAGAGCAAGUCAAAGCCCGGCAAGGGCAGCUUCUCGACGAAAUUCAAGCGGGUCGACCAGCUGUGGGAUACGAACCUGCAUCAGUUCAAGAUGAAGGAGUCGGCGGAGGAGGAUGAGUCUGAGUUUGCUGACUAUGCAUUUCUUGUGCGGAGGACGUUCGAUUGGGAAAACAAGUACCGCGAUACUGUCGUGGACAUCAAGUCGAAGCUGCUGCGUAGCGCGUUGUGGGACGUGCUGAAGGACUGCAAGAGCGUCAGCCUGGAGGCCGAAGAGCCCACCGUCGAUCCGAAUAUCCUCUUCCUGUACCUUGAGGAGCUUCGCACGCACUACAAGAAGACCGUGAAGGCGAAGGUCAAGGCGGAGAAGAAGCGGAAGGUCGCGAAGAAGCUCGAGCAGUCCCGGCAACUUCUGAAGAUCUUCGUCCGGUACCUCGACGAGGACUACGCGGACAUCAAGAAGACGCUGUACCCGUUGCUCAAAGCCGGCAACAUCACUUUCGACUUGCUCUGGGCUUUGUACAAGCCCAAUGAGGUCGCGGUGACUUCCUGCUACGGCAGCUGGGAGGAGCCGCGAUGCUUCAAGGUAGAAUAUGCGAACAAGUGCGCCUCCAUGACGCGGGGUGAGUGGUACUGCAUUGAGGGGCGCUACUUGGAGUAUGAUGGCAAGGGCUUUGGGUACGGUGACUUUGAGGUCGACGUUGAAGCCUUCAAGGGCCCGCGCAGGAUCUCGAGUCUCGCUACCUACCCUCUGAAGUAUCAUGCCGAGCCUGAGGCGGUCAAGAAGCAGAUCAUUGCGCGAGGUGAGAAGUUUGUCGGCAUGGAGGGCAUGCACUACAAAUUCCACAAGGGCAUGGCGUUUCACAAGAAGAAGAAGCAGGUGCUGAAGAUCAACGUCAACGGCCGUGUCAUGCUGGAUCCUGCAACGUUCCGACGUGUCAACCCCAACUACCCCAUCUCGUGGAUCAAGCCGAAGAACGACGACGAUGACCUCUUCAACAUGGACAGCGAUGGUUCGGACGACGACUGCUGCUGCGGCUCGGACUCCGAUGACGAGGCGGCGGCGACGAGCGAUCGAAGGGAGCUGCAGAAGUCUCUCGAUGGCGACGACAAGCCAAAGUACAAGUACAAGUGGUCUGAGAACUCACGCGGAGACACCGUCUUCGUGAGAGUGGAGGUCGAUGCCGACGGCGACCCUAUCCCUCAGCAGCACGUCGACAAGCUGGCCGAAACCGCCGAUGCCCGCAAGCACACCUUUACGGAAGAUGAGCUUCUGUUGACAUCGCCGGUGAUCCUUGGCUUUGCUUUCGGCGAGAAGCUUUGGCUGGAAUUCACCAUCUCCGGCGUGCACGACAUCACCUACAACGAGAAUGCUUUCGAAUCUCUCGUUUUGCCUCCCAACCAGAAGUCCAUAGUCCGGGCACUCGUUGAAUCGCAUAAGUCUCACGGCGCGAAGACCAUCGACGAUGUUGUCGUAGGCAAAGGCAAAGGCCUCGUCGCCGUCCUCCACGGUCCUCCUGGCACCGGCAAGACUCUCACCGCCGAAGGCAUCAGUGAGCUCCUCAAAUGCCCGCUCUACAUGGUCUCCGCCGGCGAGCUCGGCACCGACCCCGGCCGCCUCGAACACCAGCUCCAACAAAUCCUCGACAUCGCCCAUACCUGGGGCGCUGUCCUUCUGCUCGACGAAGCGGACGUCUUCCUCGAGAAGCGCGAAGUCCACGACAUCCACCGCAACGCUCUCGUCUCCAUCUUCCUCCGCCUGCUGGAGUACUUCCAGGGCAUCCUCUUCCUCACCACCAACCGCGUCGAGACGUUUGACGACGCCUUCCAGUCCCGAAUCCACGUCGCGCUGCGUUACGGCGAGCUCACGCACAAAGCGAAGAAGGCCGUGUGGCGGAUGUUCCUGGACCUGGUGCGGAAAGUGGAAGGGAUGGAGGUGGCGCAUAUCACGGACGAGCAGAUUGAUAUCUUGAGCAGGAACCAGCUGAAUGGUCGGCAGAUCAAGAAUUUGGUCCGCACGGCGCAGGCGCUGGCGUUGAAUGAGGGGGAGAGUUUGACGCUGGAGCAUAUUAAGCGUGUCAUUGCAGUUGCGGAGUCGUUCGACCGCGAUUUGCGGGGUGGUACUGGGGUUGUGUGGGAGCUGGGGAAGGCGAGGUUGGUUACAGUACAGGGGACACCGUCACUCUCCACUCUUGUGCGAUCACUUGGUCUGUUUGAGCUGAAGCACAAAAUCUAG